ACGAAUGCUGUUUCCGUUCUUUUUGAUCGUGAAGUGUAAUCAUGGCGGUCGGCAAAAAUAAAGGCACCUCGAAAGGAGGCAAAAAAGGCUCGAAAAAGAAAGUCGUAGAUCCGUUUACUCGCAAGGACUGGUACGAUGUGAAAGCACCGAAUAUGUUCGCGAUACGCCAGGUUGGCAAAACCUUGGUAAACCGUACCCAAGGUACCAGAAUUGCUUCGGACGGUUUGAAGGGCCGCGUGUUUGAAGUUUCGCUGGCUGAUCUGCAGAAUGACACCGAUGCCGAGAGGUCUUUCCGGAAGUUCAAGCUGAUCGCGGAGGAUGUGCACGGCCGUAAUGUGCUGUGCAACUUCCAUGGUAUGGAUUUGACCACCGAUAAACUGAGAUCCAUGGUCAAGAAAUGGCAAACACUAAUCGAGUGUUCCGUCGAUGUUAAAACCACCGAUGGUUAUCUGCUGCGUGUUUUCUGCAUUGGAUUUACUAUUAAGGAUGCAGCGUCUCAACGUAAGACUUGUUAUGCUCAGCAUUCCCAAAUUAAAGAAAUCCGCAAGAAGAUGACGACCAUCAUCACCCGAGAUGUGACCAGCUCCGAUCUGAAGGAGGUCGUCAACAAGUUGUUGCCCGAUUCGAUCUCCAAGGAUAUCGAGAAGGCAUGCCAAGGAGUUUAUCCAUUGCACGAUGUGUACAUUCGUAAGGUGAAGGUUUUGAAGAAGCCUCGUUUCGAUUUGGCCAACUUACUGGAGCUGCACGGUGACGGCGGUGGCAAAGGUGCCGAAGUUUCUACUGGAGCUGCCGAAGGCGGUGUCACCAUUGACCGUCCGGAGGGCUACGAACCGCCAGUACAGGAAUCGGUUUAAACAGCAUAAAUAAACGCUAUAAAUUAAGAAGAAUUUCCAUGUGAAUCCGGCAAACAGCAAACCUGAUACAGAAGUGUGUGCGUUGGUAGGGUAGAGCGCGUAAAUACAACUGACGCUGUUGUAAACGAAA